GCUUGCAAUGACGCGUGUACACUUUUUCUGUGCGCUGCUGUGUUUUAGCGGCAGCUUGGCUUGGCCUAGCUUGGGGAAAUCCUCAGAAAAUGACGGUGUGGUCUUCUGUUACUACGGAGAAUGGGCCAAUACGCGACCCGGAGCCGGCCGCUUCGGCGUCAGCGACAUACCCACGGAUCUCUGCACACACAUCGUCUACUCUUUCCUGACGCUAGACGGACCCACAGGGAAUCUGAUUAUCCCUCUUGAAUCAACGCAUGAAGAGAAAAGUAAUUCCGUAGCGGAUCUAAUAGCCUUGAAACGUUCCAAUGCCAAUUUAAAAAUCUUGGCCGCUAUUGGCGGUUGGGUAGAAGGUUCGGAUAACUUUUCACCGAUGAAAGUGCCUACAACUCAUUUCACUCUCAAACUAUUAGCGCUCUCAUUUUGUUCGAGCGCCAAAAUGGUGGAGGUUGCUUUACUAACCGCACUUAAAAAAGCCUUCACCGAUAAGCCCAAAACUUGUUUUAGCUCUGAACUCCUCGAGGUUACAGGCUAG